CUUGACGUCUAACGCACACGAACCUGGAGAGGCGGCAGAGGACGUUGUGGGUGCGCGUAUAUAUUUCGUCAACUAGCACACUCGGAUUCGCGCAGUGACAUUUGAACGUUUUUCCUUUGUUCAAGUUCAGCUUGUACAUAUACUCUCCUCUUAUCUCGAGAUCGGUAUGCUUUUUUGCCCGACAUGCGCGAAUCUGCUUGUCAUCUCCGCGGAGACGGGGUACAAUAAGUGGGCGUGCAACACCUGUGCGUACGAGUUCCCGAUUACGAAGCAGAUGACCUCGCGGACGAAGAUGAAGCGCAAGCAGGUGGAUGACGUCCUGGGCGGAGACGAGAUGUGGAAGCACGCGGACUCGACUGCGAUAUCGUGCGACAAGUGCAAUCACGGCCGUGCAUACUUCUAUCAGCUCCAGAUCCGGAGUGCGGACGAGCCUAUGACGACGUUCUACAGAUGUGCUGGUUGUGGAUACAACUGGAGAGAGAACUAGAUCUGGCCGCCACUUCUGUUUCCACCCAUCAUGUUGUCCGAUCUAUCUUUGGCAUUGAGGCCCAGUGAAACUGGGUCCGAUUGAUAGCGACGCGCGGCGACAUAGAAUGACUGUCCCAACGGCGUGUGACUGAAAGGGACUGAGAGCGACGAUAUAGCUUGAGUCACGUCUGGUAAAUGUAAACUUAUGGCCAGUAGAUGUUCUACCUACAACAAAAAAAGCUUUCGGAAGC